UUGUUUUUGGGAGGAAAAAAUCUCAAGGUUUGGUUCAAAUAAUCCCUAAUUCUGGCUCUCCUAAGACCUUAAAUUCCUCAAGACCAAUUCUAGUCGAAGCCAGAAACGGUUGGCUAUCUUCUAGACCUUUUAAAAUUCUUUUAUGGAAGCUGUUUGAUUUUUGGUGGGACUGAGUUUAGAGACGAAGCARUUCAAAAUGGCGACCAACAUGAAGAUUGGAAUGAGGGUUGAAACUGUCGGUAAAGGACAGAAAGGAACCGUGGCUUAUGUAGGCUCGACGUCAUUUGCUACUGGMAAGUGGAUUGGUGUUAUUCUUGAUGAACCUAAAGGAAAGAAUGAUGGAACAGUWCAAGGAAAAGAAUACUUCAAGUGUCCAGAAAACUAUGGGAUAUUUGUCCGCCAGUCUCAGAUUAUCGUCCUUGAUGAUAAAACUGGCUCUCCUUCUCCUCCCAAGGCAGUAAGGCCAUUGUCUGCUGAUUUUGGAGGGUUGAAGGAUUCCAAGAAUGCACUGAAAAAGGAAAGGUCGUUUGGCUCAAGAGGAUCACUUGAAAAUGUUUCUCCUGAAUCAAAGAAGUCAUCACCACCAGUAUCCAAACUACAGAGUCCAAGAGUAAAGCCACCACCAUCCUCCAGUAUUCCAACGCCAUCUGCAACACCAUCUACUACCCCUGCACCAGAUACACCCUCUUUACCUACUAACAAGCCAGCAAGCUCKGGACUUCCAGAGAGAAAGCCAUCAAGCUCUUCAGGACCAUCUGUGUCUGCUGACGAGUUCAUAGAACUUCAACGUAAAGUCAUGGAGAAGGACAGAGUGAUUAUUGACCUGGAGGGGAAGCUAGACACAUUAAAAGCAAAAAGACAAGAAGAUAAAUUGAAAAUGAAAGAAUUGGAGAAAAACAGAAUGCAACUGGAACAGAUGAUAGAAUACAAAAGCAAAUGGCAGGAAGCCCAAAGAGACCUCCAAAAUCAGCUUGCUGCUGCUAGAAAGGAACUCAAGGAAGCUAACCAAAACAAAGACGAUCAUUCAGAUGAUCUUACAGAGCUACAGGAAGCUGUGGAAAUGGCUACUUUAGACAAAGAAAUGGCAGAAGAGAGACUUGAAAGUCUACAACAAGAGAAUGAACAGUUGAAAGACAGAGUAGAAGAGUUGACUCUUGACCUGGAGAUCCUGAAGAAUGAGAUCAGCGAAGGAGGAAUGGAAGGAGCUGCUGCCAAUGCUCAGGUCAAACAACUAGAGCAACAAAACAGCAGACUAAAAGAAGCCAUUGUUAGGAUGAAAGAAAUUCAAGUGAUAGAGAAGCAGCAGAAUCAGUCGUUACAAAAACAAGUGAAAGAUCUUCAAACAGCUAACACUACUCUGCAGGCAGAGAGGGACAAAUACAUGGAGGAACUUGAGCAAGUGGAAAAUUCUGUUGCUGAACUGAAAGAACAGGUUGAUACUGCUCUUGGUGCAGAGGAAAUGGUUGAAAUCCUCACAGAUAAAAAUCUGGAGCUUGAAGAGGAAUUAAGAACUCUCAAUGAGACAGUUGCCGACCUGGAAGCAUUGCGUGACUUGAAUGAGGAGCUGGAAGAAACACAUUUACAGGCAGAAAGAGAUGCAAGGGAAGAGAUAGACAUGUUGAAGAACAAAGUGGUGGAAGCUGACCGUAAAUUUGAAAUGGCCCAAGAAUCUGUCCAUGAUUACCAACAAACGAUUGAAAAGUUCAGAGACCUGGUAACGAAAUUGCAGGACAGUAACAAGGAACUCCAGAGCAAGCAGGAGGGAACUGAAAUGCCACAUAUCAACAUACCUCAACCAGAGUUCACAGACUUUAAGGUUAAGACAGCAGAGAUCAAAUCUCUUGCUAAGACUGUUGACAAUGAGAUGAGAAAGUUUCAAGUGGAACAGGCCAAUGAACACAUUAAAAUGCUCAACAGUUUUCUACCUGAUGCUUUUCUGAGCCGAGGAGGGGAUAAUGACAGCAUCCUGUUGCUUCUUCUUAUUCCAAGAAUGAGUUUUAAGACGGAGCUUCUCAUCUCUCAACUAAGACAAAAGUAUGACAUCUCAGCGUGCUUGGAAGAUUUGUCCUUGAUAUCUACUACCAAUGGUGAUGGUCUUAGCUUUGCCUGUGGUCUUACUUACCUUCUUGCCAGAUUACAAGCCGUUGUGAAACAUUUUGAGAGGGCUCUACAUAAAUGUGACACAAGCUUGUUUAAUAAACUAGUUGGUAUUUACCCUGAAUUAGCARUACAUGAGAAAGCACUGGACACCCUGAUUGAUCUUCUCUGCAAGAACCAUCUUGAUGAAAAUAUUGGGAUGGAGCCACUGGAGAAAGCCAUUCACUACUACACCACAAUGGUUGGGUUUCACUUGGCUAAUAAUCCAGUAUCAUGUACAGAGUACCUCAAUGAUCAGCUGAAAAUCUUUAACAUAGCCUGUGAUGGGAUGACCAUUGAUAUUGAAAGACUCAAAAGUUUAUCAAAGACUUGUUCCGAAGGCAGUGAGUUUGGUGCACUGGUACAAGAUAUGGAGCUGAGGAAYGUGGAAGUGAGGCAGCUCUGUAAAAAGAUAAAGAGACGAAUGCCACAGGACGACAAGAGUAUUCUAUCCUUCCCUGAAAAGAUUCAGCAAGAUUUGGUGGAGUCGAUCAAACAACAGCAGCUGCUGGUCAGGUUCGCACAGGACCUGGUGGCUCUUCU